UGACGGAAGAGGCAUAUCUACUGUUUCGACCGUCGAAAAAACAGGCAGCUGGUUAUUACAGCGUCAAAAACGGUGGUUUAAAAAGAUGGAACAGCAGGAGCAGGUGGAAUGGGAUGAUGUGAACAGGCUUUUGCAGCAUCAUGGUUUUAAGCCAGUGUUUUUUGCUGAUCCUGUUGAGAAUAAGAACCAUUCAGAUUUGGUCCUGCUGGACAAGAAGUCAGCUUGUGAGGUGAGGACGACACUGAGGACGAUGCUGACAGACUCAGAGAGGAGACAGGCUCUCAUCCAGGAGCUCGUCAAGUCCAACAACCUACUCAAAGAGGAGGUUCAGCAGCACAUGAGCCGAGCAGCUCAGCAGUCCCAGAGAGCCACAGAGCUGGAGGGGCUGCUGGACGAGGUGAAGACCAGAGUCCAGGACCUGGAGGAUCGCUACCUCGGCAAGGUUUCCCAGCAACACAGCCACGCACAGCAGCUGCAGCAAGAAAAACAAGAUGCACAGAAACGAUGUCAUUCUCUGGAGCAGAAGCUGUCUAAACAAAAGGAGGAAGCAGCUCAGCUUCAAAAGAAACUCUAUUUCACCAUCAAAGAAGAAGAGCGACGAUUUGCUCGACAGAGUCAGACAUACCAGAGCAUCUUCAAGAAAGUCAACCUGCAGAGCUCUGCUGCAGAUCAGCAGGUGUUGGAUGUGAUCGACUUCUAUGAGACCAAAAUAUCUCAGCUGCAGGAUGAGCUCAGAUCUGUCAGAGGAGAAUCCGAAUGGUCUAAAAUGUCUGGUCCAACGAGAGCUAAGACGACAUCCAUCAGUGUUACUCCAUCUUACAAAACUAUUCUCAAGGCAUAUCAGGAGCAGCAAGAGGAAAGCAAAUCUCAGGUAGAAGAGCUAAAGAGUGAAGUUGAGAACCUGAAGAAAGAGUUGGACAAAAGGUUUCGCAUGGUUAAAGAAGUAAAGAUCUACAGACACAAACUGCGCCAUUUGGAAGGAUUCAACAAAAACAGUAACAUGAGAUUGCCCAAAGAAGACAACACAACUGAGAUUAGUGAGAACAUCAGUGACCAAGCCAGGGAAGCCAGGUUGUGUGCCCGCUAUCGUAAUGUGCUGAAUGAAAUCAAUGCAGUUGUGAUGGAUCCCAGUGCUCCGUUUCAACUCCACAAACAGAAACCCUCCACAAUUGACUCGGAGCUGACUGAUUUCCAGGCUCUCCUCCCCACACUGGACCUAUGGGCCCAGCAGCUCCAUCUGCUGAAGGAUCUUCAGCACAGCUUAAAUAAACUUUCGGCCAGACUGAUGCCCUGGCAGCUGUGUGAUGGUGCCCAUAAUUCUGCUGAAGAAGUGAAGGUUGAGGACAUGAUGUUGCUUGUGGACGCCAUGCUGGAAACCACUUCAACUAAUGAUCAGAAGGCCCUCAGGAGCCCCACUCCGUACAAUCUGGGCUAUAUGGUGUCUCAUUUCCAGAAGCUCUUUGAUGUUACAUCACUCAGUGGGGUUUACCCACGAAUGAACGCGGUCUACACUCGACUCGGGGAGAUGACCAAUGCCAUGAAGAACCUCCGGGACAUUCUGGACCUCAAUGAAAGGGUUCCUCCUGCCGAAGUGGUGCACCAGGUCUCCAGGCUGGUCUCCUCUACUGAACACACUGCAGGACUGCAUGAUCUGCUGGGAGACGCUGACAUUGACAGCAUCAUCACCAAAGUGAAGCAGCAUGAGGAGUUCUUCCCUGCUUUCCAUGCCCUCGUUACAGAAAUCUUACAGACUCUAGGAGUGAGUCACCUGGACAAUAUCCUACCAACUCUAAAGGAUUUGAAACAAACAGCACAGUGACCUGCUGCUGCUGUGGCCGAACCGAGUGCUGUGUUUUGUUCGUUCUGCUGGUUGUGGAGUGUAAUGUUGUUUUUUAAUAAAAACUCACAAUGAGUGACCUGUAAUCCA